AUGGGCAGUGAGCACUACUGCUUGAGGUGGAACAAUUACCAAUCCAACCUGUUAGGGGUGUUUAGUCAAUUACUACACGACGAGAGCCUGGUGGACGUCACACUAGUUUGUUCAGAGGGCACAUCCAUCAGAGCCCAUAAGGUGGUCCUCUCGGCUUGUUCCUCGUACUUCCAGAGCCUGUUCCUGGAGCACCCCGAAAGACAUCCAAUUGUGAUAUUGAAGGACGUCCGUUUUGCCGAGCUGCAAACCUUAGUUGAAUUCAUGUACAAGGGCGAGGUGAACGUGCAAUACUGUCAGUUGUCCGCACUGCUCAAGACAGCCGAAUCACUCAAGGUCAAGGGUCUUGCCGAGAUGACAAACCAGAAUACAACGCUGCGGGAACCGGAACGGGAACCCGACCGACUGCGUCCCCACUCGCAGGCUAGCGGCGGCGGCAGUGGCGGUGGCGCCCACAAAGCGGCCGACAGUCCGGCGGCAGCCCUCGAUGCGGCUUCGGCGGCGACCUCAGCAGCAGCGGCAUCAGCGGCCACCAGCAGCAGCAGCAGCACCAGCGGCAGUGGCAGUGGCAGCUCCUCCACCUCAACCUCAGCAACAGCGACAGCAGCAGCAGCAGCAGCGGCAGCGGCAUCUGCCACAGCGGCAACAGCAGCGGCUUCAGCGGAGAGUACAGCGACAGGCGGUGGCGGUGGCAGUGGCAGUGGCAGUGGCAGUAGUAGUACAACAGCAACAUCUGCCACAGCAGCAGCAGCAUCAUCAACAGCAGCGUCAGCGGUAUCUGCCACAACAUCUGCCACAACGCCUGCCGAAGAAGCCACAUCCUCGUCCACAGCCAGCCACAAGCGGGAGGCGAGCGAUCGGUGCAGUCCAACGCCAGCGAAGCGCUCCACAGUCUCUGGAUCCGUGAGGAUCAAUGACGAGGACGAUGAGGAGGACGAGGAGGAGGAGCUGGAGGACCAGAUGGUGAGGGGCCUGCAUGUGGGCGAGGAUGUUGACGACGAUGUCGAUGACAUUGAGGAUGUUGGGGAUGAUGACGAGGACGAUGAGGAGGACACACCCAUGCCGCUAGAUCUCUAUCAAAGACGUGACGCCUCCGCCUCCGCCUCCGGCCCCGGCUCUGCCUCAGCCUCUGGAGCCGUGGAGCAAAAGAGUGUUGCUAGUGCGGCGACACCAGAGCAGCAGAGUGGCACCAGCACCAGCAACAACAACAACCUCAGCAACAACAACAACAACAACUUUAGCAGCAGCAACAACAACAACAGCGGGAGUGGAAGCGGAAGUGGAAGUGGAAGCGGAAGCGCAAGCGGUAUCAAAGCUACCUCAAUGGCUGCCUCGGCUGCCAGCAAUGGCGAAGGCAUCGAUCUGGCUGUGGUUGCCGUCGACGAUGACGACGACGAUGAGGACGAUGAUGUCCUGCACCAUGCCGAGGACACCGACAAUACCCGGCAUAAAUCUGCCCAUCACCGUCACCACGAAGACGAUGAUCUCGAUGACGACGAUGUCGUGGUGGUGGGAGGCAGCGCCUCAGCAACAUCGGCAGCAGCAGCAGCAGCAGCAGCAGCAGCCACAACCACAGCAUCGGCCGCGGCAGCAGUGGCCCGAGAUAUUGCCCAAAGGAUUGCCCACCAGAGCAUACGGCUGAGCCACCACCAUCACCACCAGCAGCAGCAACAUUCGCAGCACCACUCGCACCACCACCACCAACAACAGCAACAGCAGCAACAGCAGCAGCAGCAUUCGCACCACCACCAGCGGCACCACCACCACAACGAGGAUGAUGACGACGAGGACGAGACGGCCCUGCCAACCAUACCCAAGACCGAGAUCAUCGACGACGACUACGACGAUGAGAUGGACCUCGACGAUGACGAUGAGGCGGACAACAGCAGCAAUGACAUGGGCCUCAACAUGAAGAUGGGCGCCGGCGGCGGCGGCGGCGGCGGCGGUGGUGUAGAUCUCUCCACGGGCUCCACUGUGAUUCCCUCGCCACUAAUAUCCUUGCCCUCAUCCUCGGCCGCAGCAGCGGCGGCGGCAGCAGCAGCCGCUGUGGCAGCAGUGGAAUCGCAACGCUCAACGCCCGCCGGUGGCGGAGGAGGAGGCAGUGCGACCUGUGCCUCGGAUCUGAGUCUGGGGGCUGGCGGGCGUCCGGCAUCGCGGAGUUCACGCGAUGGGGGCGGACCCGACGGCAGAGCCACCUCCAGCCUCCUGAGUCCCGGCACUGUGGCCAAUCUCUUGCCAGUGCAAUCGGUGCCAUUGAGCCUGAAGAAAGAAAUCGAUUGCAGCGAGGACGAUAACAGUAGUCACAGUAGACACAUGCAACCGCGUUCGGCAUCAGCUGGCGGCGGCCUGGGCGGCGGCCUGGGCGGCGACCUCGACUACCGCGCCUCCCACGAAUCGCUUCUGCGCAACUUCACCUCUCCGAUGAGCGCCAUGGCCGCCAGUCGCUGCCCCACGCCAUUCGCCUUCCCCUUCACGCCGCUGGGCCUGAGCCUCUUCGACAUCGAUCCGUCCAGAAUACUUAGCCUGCUCCACCACCAGACCUGGCUGGCCGAAGAGGCACUGAGGACACGGGGCCUGCUGGCAGCACCCAAGGAUUUCACCCACCGUUUUACCACAUUAAGCGAUCUGCUGACCAAGGACUAUCAGCCGGUUGUCGGCCAGUCCCCAACGACGGCCACGUCCACGGCCACGACAACGACAACGAGCCCAUCGUAUGCCAAGCAGACCACAACGAACCGUUCCAGCGAUGUACAGUACAAACAACAACAGCAACCACCUCAUGCAGGAUCUGCACCAGUUGCUCCAGGCAGCGGCUCUGGAGUGGCGGCAGCCUUCAACAUGCGUUACCCCACACCGACAGCCUUCUACCAGCAGCAGCAAUCGAAGGCGGCCAAGUCAUCGCCCUCGCCCCAGCAAAUGGCCACCAGCUCCACCUCCACCUCCACCUCCAUGGGCAUGUCCAUCUCCAUUGAGUCCGGCAGCGGCGGCGACGACAGCUGCAAGCGCAGCUCGGCGGACAGCGACGAGGUGACCAUCGUGGAGCUGCCCAGCGAGCGGAGCGCUCAGCUCUAUAAGGAGUCGCUGGAGCAGCUGCUGCAGCGGCGCCGGAUCACCAGCAACAGCAGCGGCACCCCAGUGGGGUCGGUGGUCAGCGGAUGCCCGCCCACUGGCGGCGGAGGGGUGAUUGUCGAUGCCACCGGCCUGAGGCAGUACACACAGCUGCUGCUGUCGGGGGCCGGGACCCCGGCCAGCUGCACGGACACGUCGAGCAGCUGCAAGGAGAAGAGCUCCUCAUCGUCUACCUCAUCGACGCCGCCGCCCAGCUCCUCGCUGCUGGCGCAGCAUCAGCAGCUCAGCCAGAUGCUGAAGAGCCCCUCGGAUACCUGCUCGUCGCUGUUCAGCGGCUCGGAGCCCAUCGAGGAGGAGACCCGCUGCGUGGUGUGCAACGCCCACUUCCCCAAUGUGUGGCUGCUCGAGCAGCACGCCGCCCUCCAGCACCCCCACGUGGGGCCCGGCGAGGAGAAGCCCUUCAUCUGUGAGCAGUGCGGCCAGUCGUACCGCUACCGCAGCGCAUACGCCAAGCACAAGGAGCAGAACCACCGGGCCCGCCUGCCCGCCGACAAGCUCUUCACCUGCGACGUCUGCGGCAUGCAGUUCCGUUACCUGAAGAGCUUCAAGAAGCACCGCCUCAACCACGCCCUCGAGCGACUGCACGGCAAGAAGACCAUCGGAGUCGUCGGACGCCUGGGUGGCUCCCUGUCCGUGUCGGUAUCGACUCCGCCAUCGGCAUCCGCAUCCGCAUCCGCUUCGGUGGGGCCCGUGGUGUCCACUCAAAUGGACCAGGACGUGGUGACCAGCUCCCAGGAACCGAUGCUGGCCGAUGAGGGCGAGGAUCUGCGGGUGAAUGUAAAGCGCGAGGGCGCAGACGAGGGCUCCUCCACCCAUCCAGAGGCCGGCGGUGGCGGCGGUGGCGGCGGCAGUGACGAACACGAGCAGGACAACACCAUCGACUCGGCGGGCAUCACGAUGCUCUACCAGGACAACAACUCCUCGGCCUCGGCCUCCACCAGUGCCACAGAGCCGAACAUCAGCAGCUCCGAUGGCAUACAUAGUACAAACAAGCGGUCGCGCCUGCACCACUUGGAAACGGAUCCCUCCUACCCACACCACCAUCACCACCACCACCAUCACCACCAUCAUCAGCAGCAGCAGCAAUCACAGUCGCAGUCACAGCAGGGGCAGCUGCCACCUCAUCUGGGUCACCAUGUCUCACUGCCAAUGGCGGCCAAUGCCGCGGCCGCGGCCGCGGCCGCUUCCGGUUCCUCAUCGUCGUCGGCAGCCGCUGCCGCCGUUGCAGCUGCCACUGCCGCCGCUCAGGCGGCCAAUUCCAGCUCAAAUUCUCUGGGCGUGGGCGCCACCGGAAGUGUUACCGGAGGCGGUGCUGGUUCCGCCGGCAGCGGCAUCAGUUCACUCAGCUCGCUCACGUCACUGAUCAACGCCGAGCGGAUACCGAACGAACAGUUCCUGGGACUCAAUCCCCAGGAGGCUUCGAUACUGAAUUUCUUGCGCGUCGAUGCCGCCGAGCGACAGCGGGACAAGCGGCCAGCCACCUCGCGCUUCGCAUGCCCCUUCUGCGGCAAGUGUGUUCGCUCCAAGGAGAACCUCAAGCUGCACGUGCGCAAGCACACCGGCGAGCGUCCGUUCGUGUGCCUCUUCUGUGGCCGGGCCUUUGGCGGCAAGUCCGACCUGACCCGCCACCUGCGCAUCCACACCGGCGAGCGGCCCUACCACUGCGAGUCCUGCGGCAAGUGCUUCGCCCGGGCCGACUACCUCUCGAAGCAUCUCACCACCCACAUCCACAAUGCGCCGCGCUGAGAUGAGGCGCGUAGGAGGCGGCUCCUACGCAGAUAAGGAACCAGUAGCAGUCACCUACCACACACACACACACACCCACACACCCACACACACACACACAGAGGCACAAACUACAGGAAGAGCGUAUAUAGAAAUUUAUGUAUAACUUUUUGAUUAGAAAACGUAAAAAUGGGGAAAU